UGAUCCGUCUAACAAUCAGGACCAGGAACUAUUAUUACGGCCAUUCGAACUCAAAGAACUCUAAGCUAAAAAUACGAAACAACAUGGCUGAAGCUGAGUCCUAACUUAGGAGUCCUAAGUCCUUCAACAUCUUCAACAUUAGUUGCAAAUGACAACCGACCACAGCGCAAGCGAAGCCGCCGAGACGUUUCCAGCUGAAUCAUGCACAGAUAAAGACCCAGAAGCCUCCCAAGAUUACGCGAAAUCCUCCACCGAGGAUUCUUCUACCUCAUCGGCUACUCCCACUUUCGCGUUCGCAGUGUGGAAGGCAGAACUCGAGUUGAUGUUACAACGAGAGAGCGAGGCUCUACACGAGAGCGUGCAGUCGUUGCAGAGUGACUUUGACGACUGCUCUCAGUUCAUUCGUGGAGAUUUCGCGUGGCGCAAACAGAUCACCGCUUUCCACGACCGACUUCAAGAUGUGCUCACGAACCAGCUUAACGAUCUCGCCACGAGUGUCAGUAAACACGCAGCACAGGUAGCAGAGAGUUUGGCUCAAACCCUGGCCAAGGUUGAACGCGAUGGACAACGUGCUGUCCAUCAGCAAGAGCAAAAGGGAGAAGCGGCGGUGCGUCGAGUACGCACCGCCUCAGCUAAAGAGGUAGAGCGAGUAGCGCGUCUGGAAAAGUGUUUACGUCUAGAAGAAGCUCGCCAGGCUACUGCAAUUUUAGCUGAACGAGAACGCCAGCUAACAGAAGAACAUAACGCGCGAGAAAGCCAUUUGCAAGCACUACUUGGCGACAUGCGUGCGUCGAACGAUUCGCUUGAGGCUCUUAACACUCAGCUACUGGAGGCGGUUCGAACAUCACGCUCUGAACUUCAGCAGCUACGAAAUACACUGGUAAGAUCGAUGUCUCGACCGAAAGCGCGAGUCUCCAGUCUCUCGCAUAGUGAAAGUAGGAAUGCUGACAACGUGAGUCGCUCCUGCGGAGACAAAAGUAGCAAGAACAGCACGAGUCGAGACUCGGAAGGCUUUCCGUUCACGGCGAACGAGCUAUUGCUAGUGCCUCAACUCCGGCAGUCGCUGAAAGAAGCCACACAAACCGUGGAAAAGUUGAAAGCUCGUGUAAGUGAACUUGAAAGCACUUGGGAUAGUGAUAAGCAGCGGCUACGUGAUACACAGCUCGCUCUGGCACAAGCAGACAAUGAGAAAGCGAAGGCCACAAAACUGCUCGGAGAAGCGCGUUUAGCACUUAUUGACAAUGACAAGAAACUUGUCGAAGCUGCAAAUGAAAAUGCGCGUUUACAGGGCAAGUUGGAUACAUUGCAAGCUCUAGCGCAGGGUCGGGAGCAAGCUCUUGUUGACUCCCAGAGACUAGAAGACGCCACCCGCGACCAACUAGCAGCAUUGAUGAAUCGGCUGGAGCGUGUGACGAACAUCGAAGUGCGAUGGUGUGAGUUUGAACACGCAGUGAACAAAUGGAGAGAGACUCAGAAGGAGAGCAACGCUCAGUCUUCGGAGACGAGUGGUACGAGGUCUUUGGAGCGUGUUGUGGAGUCAUUUCUCAGUCUAGAAACAAGAGAAGUUGCCACACCAAUUACGCUGCUUACCUCACUGGAGACGCAAAAGGAGCUCGAGAUCCGUCUGCAGUAUGAAUUCGAACGACGUUUUGGACAGCAAUUGAAUGUUCGGAUCAGUCACGAGAGACGUCACGUACUUCAGCGGCUAGAAAGUUUGUGCGCUGCAGAGGCUAAAGACAAACAGGAGCGACCACAACACAAACGCCAAAGCGUUUCUCGUACCAUAAGCCUCGAAAGUGAUUACAGUCGUUUGAAGCGGUUGAUGAAAGGUGCUUACGACCAACUCGGAAUUUGUGUCGGCCCAUGGUCUGAAACGGAUUUGGACGGACUUCACGCUCGAUUGGAGGCACUAAAGUCUCAGGUACAGACUCUUGAAAAUAAGCUGGAAGCUGCUGCCAAUAGAGCCGAAUCACAGCGUGUAUCGCUUGUACGAGCCGAAUUGGCGCAACAAGAAAAAGACCUCCUACUGGCGGAGUUAACGGCGCGUUUCCGGCAAUUGCGAUCGGCUCAAGUCGCGUGGGAGAAUCCCCAACAAGUACAACUUCAACAUCGCCAGCCAAUCGUGAGAAAGCCUCUGACUGUGUAUGGUAUUCCGCAGCCAAUGGUACAGAAAACCAGAUUGCAGGCAUUGACACAACUGUCUGUGCGCUCACGACCUGCGUCUGCUGCGGCUUGUCUGGAAUCGGUCGCACACCAAUCUCCUUGUCGAGUAUCUCAUGCGCCACCAAGUCGACUGGGAUCACGUUCAGCUUCCAAUAGAACUAUCUUCGAUCUGCAAAGAAAAUCAAAGGAUAAACGAGUGGAAGAAGUCGAGGAACACGUUUGCAGUGUUCUGAAAUCGGCCUUGAUGCGAUCGGAAAUGGAAAACCAACUAGAAGAUGCUGUAGGUUCGGAUGGGGUUCUCGAAAUUCUUCACCGCCGACGUCACCGCAAGUAAAAAAACAAACUUAAAUAGCAAGCGAAUGAAGUUUCUCCGCCAAAGUCAUGUACGAGGCUCUCAACAGAAUUUCAUGAAGAAGUAGAGCCAACUCGGGGUGAUUAUCACGUAACUCGACCAUCUCCUUCCGUGUGAAUGAACAGGUAAGCGUGUCCGCUGCGGUGGAUGUGGCGUCCAUUACACGCGGCUGCUCCAGCAUAAAAUCCAUGUCUCCAAAGAUACAGCCAGGUCGGACACGUCCCACGAGUUCCCUCUGGGUGGACGGCUGGUUUUUGUGGUUGUUUAAAGUAUUGAAUGAGUCCUGAAACCUGGUGGGCUCUGCCUGCUCAGAUUUUGGAGAGUAAGACGCCAGUGUAGCCUCCGUUGGAAUUGUCAGUAAUUCGACCGUUCCUCGCAGCAAUACAAACCACGCGUUGGAUCUCUCACCGACCUGGAAAAGAUUCUUCUGAGUUUCCCAUUCACUCACAUUGAAUAACUGAGCAAGUUCUUCCAAGUGUUGUAGCGUCGCUGGAUCGCCUUUUCGAGUAUCCGACAAGUACGCCGCAAAAACUUGUGCUAGUGGCAGAGCGGAUGACUUUAAUGACGAUAGAAUUAAGUGCUGUCCUGAACGAAUUGAACGCCAUUUUGCUGCUGACAGGAUAAGCUGUUGCUCACACCAAUCGAGUGCUAGAUCCAAGUCCGAUGCGACGUAGCAUUCUCUCUGCCUGGUCUCGACUUGGAUGACCUCUUCUUGUGUUUGAGCAUCGGGAAUGACAUCGUUGGCUCUCAGAAGAAAUUCGACGCUGGGU